CAAGCCUUCCUGAGUAUCAGUAAACUCAGAAGAUUGAAACAUAACCACAAUACCUCAGUGCUGUUGCAUUAACUCUUAGCUGGGCAAAACUAAUGGCAAACGUCAUGCACGUCUCCAUAGAGCCACAUACUCGUCACAAAUACAGAAGUGUGAAAACCAGAGACCUCAUAUAGCAGUGUCUCAUUUCAGUGUUGCGUUUGAGCAACAAAGGACAAAACGUUUAUUGAAUUUUCAUGACUGUUUAAUGCUGAACCGCAAUGAUGUUGAACAGCACUAGUGGUCUUUUGGGAAACACAGCAUUUAGUGUUUUCAGCAUGAUGACAACAGAGGAUUACUCCGGUUACUAUGAGGGUGGCAUUGAUGGUGAACUGUGUGAAUAUAACAAACAUGCAAGCCAGUUUCUCCCUGUGCUCUACUCUCUGUUCUUCGUGGUGGGCUUCCUGGGCAACGCGUUGGUGCUCUGGGUGAUCCUGAUGGGUGCUCAGAUGAAAAGCAUGACUGAUGUGUCUCUCCUGAACCUGGCUAUGGCUGACCUUCUACUACUCUUCUCUCUUCCCUUCCUGGCUCACUACGCCAGAGGUACCUGGCCUUUCGGCAAUGCCAUGUGCACUCUGGUCCUCGGUGUGUACUACGUCGGAUUUUACGCCGGCAUUUUCUUUAUUGUGUUGAUGAGCAUCGACAGAUACUUGGCUAUCGUCCAUGCUGUGUUUGCCUUGAAAAUCCGAUCAAAAACUUAUGGGAUUUUAGCCAGCGUGGUCAUCUGGAUUGUAGCUAUUGCAGCAUCAUUUCCUGAGCUACUGUAUCUUGGAGUUGAACACUAUGACAACAAAACUAUUUGCAGUGCUUAUCCAAAAGACAGUAGGCACAAUUUUGUGAGAAGUGCAGCUUUCUUUAAAAUGAAUGUUUUGGGAAUGCUAAUUCCGCUGAGUAUUGUGGGAUUUUGCUACUCGAUGGUUCUCCGGAGGCUUCAGAUGCUGCGUAAUUCCAAGAAACUGGCCAUUCGUCUUGUUGCUGUGGUCAUGGUGGUGUUCUUCUGCUGUUGGAUGCCGUACAACAUUGCAGCAUUCCUCAAAGCACUGGAACUGCUGGAAAUCCUGCUUCCAGACUGUGAGCUCAGUAAAAGGACCCAGCUGAUGUUGCAAGUCACUGAAGCUAUAGCGUAUUCGCACAGCUGCCUCAAUCCUUUCCUCUAUGUGUUUGUGGGUGAAAAGUUCAGGAGGCACCUCACCAGGCUUCUGCGCCGGACACCAUGCUACCAAGUGCAGUGUAUGAAGCGCUACAUGACCCAGGCUGCAGGCUCAGUGUAUUCACAGACCACAAGCGUGGAUGAACGCUCAGUUGGUGUCUGAAUAGCAGAGGAAUACGAGAACUACUCAUCAGCAAAACAAAUGCAGUCUCAUUUUAUAUGUACUAGUGGAUAUAAGAUCAAAUUAUGUUUGCAUGUGUUAUAUAACCCUGCUUUUAGGUAAGUACAGACAAAAGCUAAAUGCACCUUUGUAAAAAUGUUUGCACACUUUCAGAAAAAAGGAUAAUAAACUGUACCUUUUCUUUUUGCUGGCUGAUCCCCUUAUCGUUUACAUUAUACACUAUAUGGCCUAAAGGAUUUGGACCGCUGACCACACCCCUUUGUGCUUCUUGAAUAUCCCUUUCCAAAACCAUGGGCAUUUUUAUGUAUUUGGUUCCCUCUGUUGAUGUAACAGUGUCAACUCCUUAUGGAAGCAUUAUUAUUAGAUUUUGAAACAUGUCCGUUGGAAUUGGUCCCAGAUUCAGGUAUAAGAGCAUUAGUGUUGGAUGAGAUCAGGCACUGAUGUUGGAUGAGCCUGAUAUGCAAUUGGUGUUCAAAUUAUUCCCAAAUGUGUUCACUGGGGUUCUAGUCAAGGCACUGUUUAGAUCACCAUGGUUUUUCCCCAGGAACUUUGACAAAUCAUAUUUUUGACUUUAUUGACUCGCUUUGUGCACAGGGGCGGUGUCAUACCGGAACAGGUUUGGGCCUGUUAGUUCCAGUGAAGGGAAAUCUUAAUGCUAAAGCGUACAAAAGACAAUUGGUUGCUUCCAACUUUGUGGCAACUGUGUUGGUAAGAGCCACAUAUGGAUGUACUGGUCAGGUAUCCAAAUACUUUUGGCCAUAUACUUUGUAAUUUUAACCUGUAAAAUAAGGAUUAUAGUGUAUCUAAAGAUAUUUAAAGUACAUAAAUGGAUUAGUUAUUUUUUUUUUUAGAGUAAAGCCUAGAUUAUAUUUGUAUUCAACUAUGUGUACAUACAUGCAAGAUUGCUGUUGAUAGUUUGGAGUGACUGACACUCAGAAAUUACCAACGUAAAUAGUGGGCAGUGUGGCACCACGUAACUGACAGAGAAAACUUGCAUUGUGUCACAGUUUACGUAUUUCUGUACUCUUCCAGAUAGUUAUAAAAUACUUUUUAAAAAUCUAUCAUAUAGUGUUCAUGUCUGUACCUGGAACAUGUCCGGUACAUGUACUGUACAUGUCUGGACAGGAAUAUUUCAGCUCUAUACGAAAGGUAUAAAAUGUGUACACUUUGAGGGUAUUACUCUAAUUCGUCGAACUACAAUAUGCAUUUAAUCAAAAGUAAAACUAUGAGCACAAUCCUGAACAAGGAAUUCUCUUGAAAUGUUUCACAACCAUCAUGUUAUAUUGGAUUGCGUUUUUAUAUAUAAGUGAAGGCUGUGGAAUAUAAAUAAUAUGGUGUGUUGAUCAAUUAGUCUUUGUUAUUUGAAAACAGUUAUUUGUCAUUGUCUGAUCAUAUAUCUUUUUAUUUUUAAAAAAGUGAUAAAUACAUUUGACCAUCUGGACAAAACAUGCACGAUUAUGUCUUAAGUAGAUAUUAUUAUUAUUAUUAUUAUUAUUAUUGUUGUUGUUGUUGUAUUUUGAUAUUGUUAUUAUUAUUAUUGUGUCGUAUAUGUAUAUACGUAUAUACACAUACAGACACACUUGAAUAUGUAUUGAAUAAGUAUAUGUGGACCCCUUGAACCUGAACUUUUCUCACAUUUUGUAGUAUUACAAACUGGAACUAAAAUGAACAUAACUGGGAUAAUAACCCAAUACUACUGAUCACCCUUAUAACAACAUUUCCACAGUGAAACAUGGUGGUGGUAGCAUCAUGUUGAACAUUACCUUUAUUAAUAUUGAAGUGAGCAGAAAAAUCCAUACAGUUGAUAGAAUUUAAUUAAAAAAGAAAAAAAAAAGAAAACAUUGAACUUUGAAUAAUUAACCUCUGUGAAACCCUAAAUUUAUUUCUGGUGCAACUAGUGGUCGUCAGAAGCCAGAUAAUUAGUUCAAUAUUGUGGGCUAUUUGGUGUAGAGUCCUUAAUUCUAGUGGUGCUUACUAAAAAACAGUUUUACUGAGAUCAUCCUUAUUCCUCGUGAAUACAUCAACAAUCGCAUGAAUUUUUAAAUACAGGCAAAGCAAGGCCAAUUCUUUUUUUUUCGCUAUACACUGAAGACAUUUGGGUUAGAGAUAAAAAGAUUAAUAUGAGAUGAGAGAUCAGAAUUUCAGCUUUCACUUUCUGAUAGUUCUGUGUUAAACAACUUAGAAGUACUGGAAUAGAUAGGCUGAAAGUAAAUAGUGCUUAAUAUUUGGUUAUAUAUAUUCCUUGCUUGCAAUAACUUCAUCAAGCCGGUGCCCCACUAAUAUCACCAAACUGUUGCAUUCUUCCUUUGUGAAUCUCUUCCAGGCUUGUACUGAAGCUUCUUUCAGUUGGUGUUUGUUUUUGGAGGUUUCUCCCUUCAGUCUCCUCUUCAGGAUGCUCAACUGGGUUAAGGUCUGGUGAUUGACUUGGCCAAUUUAAAACCUUCCACUUUUCCCACUGAUGAAGUCCUUUGUUGUGUUGGCAGUGUGUUUUGCUUCAUUGUCUUGCUGCAUGAUGAAGUUCCUCCCAAUAAGAUUGGAUGCAUUUCUUUGUAAAUUGGCAGACAGAAUGUUUCUGUGGACUUAUGACUUCUGAGUUUUGUGGCUCAUCUCUGUAUCUCUUUGUGAAUUCCAAUCUGGCCAUCUGAUUUUUACUGCUAAUGACUGGUUUGCAUCUUGUGCUAUGGUUUCUGUAUUUCUGCUCUAGAAGUCUUCUUCAAACAUUGUAUUGCGAUACCUUCACCCCUUCCGGAAGUUGUUGGUGUUGUCACUGACAGUUGUUUAAUUUUUUGUUUGUUUGUUUUUCUUUAACACUCCUUUCAUUUACAGGACAUUCCAAAUUGUUUUAUUGGCUAUUCCCAAUGCUUGAGCAUUUACAUUUACAUUUAUUCAUUUAACGGAUGCUUUUAUCCAAAGCAACUUACAAAAAUACAAGCAAAGGAAAUACAAGCAAGGCGAUAUAUCGAGUGGAGAACAAUACAAGUAGUGCUACAAUACAAGAUUUUUAAAUUGAGGUCUAGAAAAGCAAAGUGUGUAGAGGUGUAAGAGCCAGAGUAAUUUUGUUGUUGUUGUUGUUUUUUUUUUUAAGAAGGAUAAUGUGGGGGUUGGCAUUUUAGAGGUUAGUUAAGUGCUCAUGGAAGAGGUGGGUCUUUAGCUGUUUUUUGAAGAUAGUGACAGAUUCUGUGGUCUGGAUUGAGGUUGGAAGUUCAUUCCCCCACUGAGGGACAGUUAGUGUGAAGGUUCUGGAAAGGGACCUUGAGCACUACUAAGCGUUGGUCUUUAAUCGAUCGCAGAUUGCGUGAGGGAACGUAAGCCUUCAGGAGAGUGUUGAGGUAGGGGGGUGCUGUUCCAGAUAAGGUCUUGUACGUGAGCAUCAAGGCCUUGAAUUUGAUACGUGCAGCUACAGGAAGCCAGUGGAGGGAGAUGAAAAGUGGUGUUACGUGGGUCCUUUUGGAGCAAUGGCUCUGAUGGAUUUUCCCUAUUUUUUCAGCUUCAAAAUGGCUUCCUUUUCUCCCAUAGACAGUUCUCUGGUCAUCAUGUUGGGUUAACCUUUUUAAAAACAAAUGCAUUCUUCACAGGCAAAACUCAGGGCUCAAGCCAAGAGUAAACAUUGAGAGCUUUUAUUUGUUUAAACAAUCUAUCUAACAGGACACACCUGUCCAUCACAUGUGCAAUAUAUUUGAUAACUUGAAAAAUGGGUGGGUUCAAACAAAAGGUGCCAUGUUCUGAGCUGUUUAACACAUCUAGAUGUGAAAAAUCAGGAAAUGAAAGCUGAAAUUCUGAUCAAUCAUCUCAUAUUCAUCUUUUUAAUCUCAAAAGUAAAUACCUUCAGUGUUCUUCAGUGUCUUACAGUACCAUUUCAGUACUUUCAGAGUGUUGUAUAAUUUUUUAUGUCAUUUAUUAACAUAAUAUCAACUCAAUUAUUCGCUAUACAUUAUCAUCUAUACUGCUUUGUACUUAUAUUUUUGAAGAAUGAUGAAAACUGAUUUAGAGAAUACACACAAUAAAUGUUUUUCAUGUAUUAUGAAAUGAAAGCAGUUAUUGCCAGCUGAUACAAAUGCACCUUUCUCUUUUCUUUCUUUUUCCCGUUGGGGUUACUUGGUGAAAGUAUAUAAAGAGAUUUAGGAGACUGACUGUAGUAUUAUUCAUGCUGUACAUGUACUUAAUAUUUUUCAUUAUUUGUUUCUCAAUUCUUGGUUCCCGUCUGAAAAAUAUUUCUAUGUACCCUCUCAUUUUCAUAUACAUAUCAUAUUCAUAAUCAAUCACAUCCAUAUGAAAUGUUGCAUCUGUAGUUUUUUCCCCCAACGGAGCUGCAUGUGCAAGUUGUCAUGUUUAACUGCUUUAAAGAACUAAAUAAAUAAUAUAUUUUGACCAGUUCUGUUUAUUGAAUUAACAGCAUACAAAAUAGGAAUUAUUCAGUCAACAGAGUGAACGGGGUGUGAUCAAAAAUAAAAUAAGUUAAGUAAGUAAGUUAUACAAAAUAUGCAUUUAUUAAAUAAACAUGUCCUUACAGAAAAUUGCAUUGUAUUAUGUUUUUAAUUAAUUUAUUAUUAGUCUUAUUUGUAGCAUAAAACAAGUCACUAUGAAUAGAGCUGCAACAACUAAUCGAUAAAACCGAUAAUAAUCGAUUAUGAAAAUCGUUGUCAACAAAUCUCAAUAUCGAUUAGUUGGUCUGUGCAUGGCACGGGGCAUGUUUACUCAUUAAAUUACUUCUGUUCAGAAAACACGCUUCGGAGAGUAAAUACUAAAGUUGUGUCCCAAAUGAAGUACUGUACACUUACACUAUGUACUACCGUCUAGUGUGUGGAUUUUAGAAAGGUAAUAUCAUCUCAAAUAUAUCACUAGCGGUUUUUUCUUUUUACUAACCAGAA